AUGCUCGAUUAUGAGAGCCUAGGUCAUAUGACUCUCGCAGAAGGUCCCGGUCAAUACUUCAUUCCCCAUCAUGCGAUUCAGAAGUCCGAAGGGGACAGUGUCAAAUUGAGAGUGGUGUUUGACGCGUCGGCAAAGUGCCAUUCGGGUGUCUCUCUCAACCAAUGUUUGUUGGUCGGGCCAAAACUGCAGCAAGACAUCGUUGAUGUUUUGAUUGGAUUCCGCGUACACAAAGUGGCCUUCACCACGGAUAUAUGCAAGAUAAAUCGCCAGAUUGAGGUGCUGCCUCAAUACCGGGGCUACCAAUACAUCCUGUGGAGGGAAUAUCCACAAGCUUCGCUAAAAGAGUAUACACUUAAUACAGUCACGUAUGGAGUAAAUAAGUCGUUGGAAGCUGCUAAAACGCUUCAGUUGAAUCUAAUCAACACUCUCGCCAGAUCCGGUUUGGAGUUGAAGAAGUGGGCCAGCAAUACGCCAGAAUUGCUGGAACACCUACGUCCUGAAGAUUGCUCCAGAAAUCCGCUAGCAUUUGAGCAAAAUGAUGCUACGCACGUCGUAUUGGGAAUGCGGUGGAGUCACGAUCAAGAUUAUUUCUCCUUCGGUAUCAACAGUUUCAAGAUGAAUCCUACCAAACGUGGAGUGUUGUCGAUGAUUGCCAGAAUCUUUGAUCCUUUAGGUCUGUUGGCACCGGCAACGUUCUAUGCCAAGUCGAUCAUGCAACGGGUGUGGGUCGCACAGAUUAGUUGGGACGAUCAACUGCCAUCAGAUAUAGCUGAAGAUUGGUGUGACUUCUAUCAUUCUUUAGGUUAG